AUGUGGACAUUUAUAUUUUGGAAGCGAUUCUUUCCAGACACAGCUCCCAGACUAAUACAGUUACUAGUUAUAUUUUUCUUAUUUCUUAGCAGCACAAUAAAUCCUUUUAUAUACGCCACAACAAAUCGUGUUUUCAGAGAGGAAUUCUACAAUUUGAUGUGUUGGUGGAGAGUCAGGAAAGUAACACCGAAUUCUGUGAUAGGCAGUGACAGGAGAGACACUCGAAGAAACGAGUCAAAAGUUUAACAUCGUACUCACUCAGAAGACAGUAAAAUGCACAUAAUUUUAAGAAAUAAUUUAAAUCUUUUGUUGAUAUUUCGCUCAUAUAUUCAAUUGCUUCAAGCUUAAGGAAUUCAAUUAAAGAUCGAGAAAAAAAGAACUAGAAAUGUUUCUCUAGAAUUACCAUUAAGAAGCCUUCGUUUUUUUAGUAAUUUGAUCAAGAAAGUACCGCUAGCUUUUGCAAGAAUAAUCGUAGAAUACCUCGCUGUUAAAACCUUAAAUCGAUUUUUAAAGAAGCGACCAAAUGAGGAAGUUCUGUAAUUAAACAAAUGUCACAUUAAAAAUACACUUUCUUGCUGAAUUACCCUGUUUCCGAUUUGCGUGUGGAUAUGCUAUUAAUAGUUGUUGGAACCAAAAUUGUUUUGCUUGGGAAUAUUGUGCGCAGUUUGAUCCUUAUUUUUAUAUGCUUGUAUCUCUUUUAUUAUUAUUAUUACUAUUAUUAUUAUUAUUAUCAUUAUUAACACAAUAAUUUAGUCAAAGCGACCUUCCAUUUGAUUAAUGACAAAUUCGUUGCAUUAAUAUUAGUUUCUUAAGUUGUUGUUAAAGUUUGCCAGAUAUAUGCAAAAGUUGAGAAUUUACAUGUCAUGAGAUUUUUUUAGAACCGAUAUACAUUUUUUUAGUAUAGAUGACAUAGUUUGUUUGCCUUGUAUGGGUCUUGUAUGUACUAAAUUAAUACUAAACGAAAUAUCUUACAGUUUUUCACUCUGAAACUAGUUAAAAGACCUUCGCACUGAUUCACCCUUUACUGUACCAAAAUAAUGUGGACAAAAUUUGGUCACUUGAAUUUGCUCACCUCAACGAUUUUUUUCUUUUUUUGAUACAUCAAUUUGUCAAAAGCUUACUUAAAAUCCUCAAAUUCUAUGAGGCCUUUAUUUUAAAAUAUCAACGCCAUUAGGCUUUGUAUCAUUUCAGAAUAUGGAAAAUAAGUUUCAUACAUAUAAAGAGAAAUUUUGCUUUAAUAAUAACCAGUUUCUUCCUCUACUAUAUUUCAUAUUUUUUCAGUCUCCUCUCGAAGUGAGUUCGUACAAUUUACGAAAUGUUAAUUUUUUUGUUAUAUUAGAACGCGCAAUUUAAGAAGCACCCUUAUGUAGUUUCAUCUAGAGUCAUAACUGGCAUUCUAUACGAGUCAAAUAAUUAUGAUUUCUGGUCGGAAUGCGGUAGAAGAUGAACAAGAAAUUUAAACAACAGAAAUUAGGGAGGCGUCGGUUAAAGGAAUCAUGGCACCUUCUAAUACCAUUUAAUAAAAAUGGCUUUUCUUGUCCCGAUAUUUAUCCGAGAACAUUGCCAAUGUCGAUAUUAAGAACUGUUCAUUGCAAUAGAAUGCCCUUAUGGAGACAACUAUAAUAUCUUUUGGCUUACCAGGAAACUAUUUCUUUGUUCCUUAAUACAAUCAAUUAGUCUGACAGAAGGACAAAGAUUUCUUCUCUGAAUUCAAAAUAGUGCACUGGUGUAACAUCAUUCUCCUUGACAUAACUCUCUUCAAUAGGCCUUUUUUACGAAGACGAUAUUUGGCAACAACUACCAGAAUUCAUCUCGUUUUUGCUCUUUUCCUUAAAUUUUUUCAAUUCUACUGAAGGUUAAAAGACAAUAGCAGUAAUUUUCACAAGAAAACAACCAACUGAAGGAUUCUGAUAUAUAUACUAAAUGACGUCAAUCCGGCCUAUUGAAAUGAUUUACUUUUGCGCAAAAAUGGCUUUUGCGCAAUAAAUACUAGCUGAUUUUGGCCUUAUUUUGCACUGAGUAAUUGUAAGGUCACUAACCAAACCAAAAUGGCUGCCAUUUAAAAUUAUAAUGAAAUUCCCGCGUUGGGAAAUGCAACGUCAUUUCAGAUAUCAAGUACACCUGUGAUCAACCAUACUCAAUACAGUGUCAGACGGUUUAUGCCCCUUGAAAGUUUCGGAUCAUUUCCAUAGGUUCGUCAGUUCCAUUAAACAGUAGUCUUGAAUUUACGAGUGGAUUGGACUGGAGGAAUUCCCUUCGCCCCAUGUAAGAAAUACGAAUUCCGGAAUCCGGGAAGUUUUGCUUGGGAAAUUCGGAAUCCGGGAUAUUUUUGUACUUGUGUCAUCCGGAAUAUUGGGCUUUUGAUUCCGGAAUACACCAAAAGGAAUCCCGAAUCCCACUAACGAUUGGAAUCCAGAAUCCACUGGCAAAGUACCUGGAAUCUGAUUUAAACAUGCAUGAGGGCCAAUGAAAUCACCUGUUACUAAAAGGCAAGAGAAAGAAGACCUUUUAGUUUGUACAAAAAAAAUUAGGGAGGUUUGAGAAUUGAGAGAGCGAAUAAUAACAUGUUUAAUAACAAGCUAUCUGGCAAUACACCAGUUACUGAAGAUCAAUGAAAAAUUCUAUAUUAGAAGUUCAUAUUCUUGGGAAUUAUUUUGUUGAUGCCAUUUGUUGCCACUUGAAAAGGGUAAAUAAAGCUGUAGGUGGAUAAUGUAAGUCAAACAAAAAAACUCCAUUCAUGUUCUGACGUACGGUACGAGGCUAAAUAAUAUCUACAUUGUAAAUCAGUUUAAAAAAAAAACAGGAAGUGAAUUUUUCUCUGAUAUGAGAAGACCUUCAGCGCCGAACGUAACUUGAUAUAGAUCUAUUCCACACACUGCUAACGGAGAUGUCCUCGCUGGAAUUGCCAAACCGUGGCUUAAUCAUUGUAAUUAUCGAAGCAAGUGUCUGUCUUCUUUUGAACAUCAUAAGUUUCUUGGGAAAUGCUCUGGUUUGUUUAGCAGUGUAUAAAAAUCCAAAACUCAGAUCAACCAUCAAUAUGUACAUCAUCGCUUUAGCAGUCAGUGAUCUGUUGUGUGCUACAUUGGAAAUGCCUUUGGCGUCAGCCGUGCUUAUACUGGGGAAAUGGGAUUUCGGAGUUCCAUUAUGCGAAAUUGAAGGUUUUGUGGAUGCGUUCGUUACGUACGUAACACCAGCGACUAUGGGCCUGACAGCUUUCAACAGGUACAUGCGUGUUGUGAAAAGCAAACAAUACAACAAGGUCUUUUCAUCGCGGAAAACGAAGAUUUGGAUUUGUUCCGUGUGGCUCUUUCUCGCCAGUUAUCUGUUCGUUGCUCGAGUCACAGGCUGGCUAAAAUUUCAGUUCAUUCCUGGGUACGCAGUCUGUAGCGUCGCCUUCACCAAAUCAGGCAACAGAAAUAUUCAUUACUGCCUUGUAUUCAUCUUCUUUUUUGUUCUACCGUUCCUCGCUGGUUGUGUCAGUUAUUACAAAGUGUCUGACAAAAUUCGUCAACAUAAACUGGACGUGGCGCAAACUUUGCAAAACACGAAUCAAACAGAGAUAGCGAGAAUCUCGGUACAAGAAAUAAGUAUUAGUCGAGUUUUGUUUUAUGUAGCGGCUGGGUUUCUGGUUUGCUGGAUACCCAUGUGGACAUUUAUAUUUUGGAAGCGAUUCUUUCCAGACACAGCUCCCAGACUAAUACAGUUACUAGUUAUAUUUUUCUUAUUUCUUAGCAGCACAAUAAACCCUUUUAUAUACGCCUCAACAAAUCGCGUUUUCAGAGAGGAAUUCUACAAUUUGAUGUGUUGGUGGAGAGUCAGG